GUUCAGUGAGUUGAGCUGCAAUGCUUGGAGUUCACUGUUCACUCUGCCACGACCAAACUCUGUUGUAAAUUUUCCUCCCAGAACACGUGACGAUGCAUUUCUUGACUAUAUAUCCCAACUGCCACAGCCGAAUUGUCAGAGCGCUGAGCUGUGCUUGGAGGAAGAACACCCUUGGACUUGGCGAUUCAGGAAAUCAGGACUUGGGAGGAAUUUGCCAGCCUUUGGUAAGUCUCUCCCCAGACCCUGGCUGUGUGAGCCGUGCUUCAAUGCUGAAGAUGGAACCUCUGAACAGCACGCACCCCAGCACCGAAGCCCCCGGCAGCCCCCUCGAGUCCCAUGGGCCCCGCAGCGGUGGCGGCAACGGUAACGAAUACUUCUACAUCCUGGUGGUCAUGUCCUUCUAUGGCAUUUUCUUGAUUGGAAUCAUGCUGGGCUACAUGAAAUCCAAGAGGCGGGAGAAGAAGUCCAGCCUCCUGCUGUUGUACAAGGACGAGGAGAGGCUCUGGGGGGAGGCCAUGAAGCCGCUGCCCGUCGUGUCGGGCCUGAGGUCCACGCAGGUGCCCCUGAUGCUCAACAUGCUGCAAGAGAGCGUGGCGCCCGCCCUGUCCUGUACCCUCUGCUCCAUGGAAGGGGACAGCGUGAGCUCUGAGUCCUCCUCGCCAGACGUGCAUCUCACCAUCCAGGAGGAGGGGGCCGAUGAUGAGCUGGGGGAGACUUCGGAGACGCCCCUGAACGAAAGCAGUGAAGGGUCCUCGGAGAACAUCCAUCAGAAUUCCUAGCACCCCCAGAAGCUGUGGAGGUGGCCCCAUCCACUAGCACGCUUAGAGAGAAGAAGGACACUUUUCGUGUCUGGUUUCACUUUUGCAGUGCAGCUGCCACUUUGAAGAGACCCUCGGCAAGCCCCUGAAUGGGGGGUGGUGGGGGACCCUGCUCGGCUGGAGCCAGCAGCAGCCAGAGGAGUCCAUGACGCAACUGUAAUGUGGACCCACCACUGCAAACGCCCUGAAGACGUGUAGUGUGUACAUUUACUUUGGGGGCUGGGGGUCAGGGUUCCUGUUCAGAAUUUGGCAGGCGGAUGUGGUGGUGUUUUCUCCCUGGGAUGCCCUGGGUAACUCCUGCAGCCUCUGCCCACUCCCAGGGCUGCCAUGCCUAGGACAUGCUGAGUAACUCGUUUUGAUUUGCUAAUUUGCCUAGAGCUUUGUUCUUCUAGAUCUGAUUGGCUGUAGGUACCUCUACUGGGUACCUGUGGCACUAGUUCACAGCGGGUAACUGCGCUUCUUUUGGGGGUCUUUUGAGUUGGGAGGGGGACAUUUGAUGGAAGACUUUUGAUGGGAGAAAGCUGGAGCUCUGAACCUGGUCCCCUGUUCAGCAUACUGUCAGGGAAAAAAUGCAACUUUUAAACCUGUUAACAUUGGCUGGGAUUAUAAGACACGAUCUGCUAUUUUGACUCUUUCUCUAACAUAUGGCCUUGAACUCUGAUCUGGGACUGUCCAGCAUCUCACACCGGCAUGAAGUUUUUUUGGUUGGAAGGCCUUCUCCAGAAUCUAACCUGCACUCUGAAUAGCUAUGUAGGGGACUCUUCCCGAGCUUUCCAGAAGGGGUAAUGGUGGAGUUGAACAAAGCCAACCGUUAGCUCUCUCGCUGCUCAUUUCUCAGCCUAGUUUUCUGAGCUGGGAGAGGACAUAACGUGGGCCUCCAUCACACGACACGGCCUUUCGUCACGUAGCUGAGACCUAGAAGGACAUACUCAGGCAGAUUGUAUAAAGCUGGGGUCCAAGUUCUGUUUCCUGAUCUUGAGCCCUGACACUGAUUUGCUGUGUGGUCCUGGGCUUGUCAUCAAGAGACUUACCGCCUUCCUGAGACUCCUGAUGAUCUAUAUCCCCAGGGGGCUGGGAGGAUGUCUUCAGAUUUUAAGACUCUGUGAUAAAUUCUGCAUGGCUUGGUGUGAGGAAGCUUGGAUAAAAUAUUUCCCCCUUGGCCAGUCAGUCUGAAAAUGGAUCUGCUCAUUCAAAGGAGCAGUGGGAGACGAAAAACACAAGUAACUGGGAGAUUCAGGGCGAAUUAUUAACUCAUUCAGGCUGUCAUUUUCCCCAGCAGUGAACCCAAGAGCAGAUACCACAUUUUACUCUGCAACAUUCUCUGCCUACUGGAAUGUUAACACUCCAGCUAUGGGAAGAAGAAAGCUGAAAGAAAGUGCUCAGGAAUGCUGCUAGUGUUUCCAUGUAUUCCUGUGCUCAGUAACUUUGUAGCAUAGCCUGUAGGCACUGGAAGAGAGGAGGAAGAGAAACACACCAAAGGUCAAGUUUAACUCUAUUAAAAACAACCCCUCCCCCCCUUUUUAAAACAUACUCUCCCUGGAUUGGAGACAGCAAUAACUACUGUUCCCACAGAAGGGUUAACAGUGUAGGAGCUGGUUUAUCAGUGCGCCUUCACACAGUACUAGAGGAAAUUUACGUUUUAGGGGAAAAGAGGCCUCCUUUCACUUUAAAAUUCAGAGCAUGGAUUUACUCCAAAGGGGGCUGUUUAAGGUGAAAGAAGCCAAGCUGAGUUGGCCCCUUGCCUGGAAUCACUUGAAUUCUGAAACUUUACUGCGAUGGACAUGUGCGUUGUCACAUUUUCCAUUGCUUAAUCCUGAAGUUUGGUGCAAAUCUAUCUGCGCCCAUUAAAAAGUGAUGUAUAUACUUCCUUCUUAUUCUAUUAAGUUGUACAAAAUUGUCUGCUGUAUUUAACAGUUUGUAAUUUCCACAAUAUUUUUUAAUUUAAAUAAACACAUCUUUUU